CAAACACAGCACCGGCUGCAGCACCAGAGACCUUGAGAUAACACUGAGCUAUAAAGGAGAAAAGGUCCAGGCGGGGCGAGUGCUGCCCUAGCAGGGCUGGCUCAGCCGAACCCAAGCUGAGAGGGACACGUGGAUCAUCCCCUGACCUUUCUGAGCAACGCGAGGGGAAAACCAGCCAUUGCUUGUCCCUGCUGAAGGAGAUGCUCAGUUCGUGCUGCAGAGAGGGUGACUGAGGGAAGAGCCACACGAAGGGUCAGCAAUGACGCCAGCCUGCUCUUGACUCUCCUCCUGAUCUCGGAUAAGGAGGACAUGGAGACGAACCCCCAGAUGCAAACAGGGCCGGCGGCACCCGCGGAGCCCCUCACUCACCCGUGCCGGCCGCGGAGCCGCUCCCCGCCGCGCUGCUGGGUCAGAUCCAACCCCUACCAAACCAGUCUGCUUCAAGACGGCGUGCGGAGGUACCUGCAGCUGCCAGCGGACCAGACAGUGCUGAUACUGCAUGCCAAAGUGGCACAGAAGUCAUACGGCAAUGAGAAAAGGUUUUUCUGCCCCCCACCUUGUGUUUACCUGAGCGGGCCAGGAUGGAAGUUAAAACAGGAGCAGAUGAAAGCCAGGGACCCGGGAGAUGCAGGUUUUCGGGUGUGUGGGUACAUGGGGCUGGACAGCAUGGGCAGCAGCCUGAUGGAGACACAGAAGCUCAGCUUUGAGGAGCAGCCGGAUGCAAAGGGAUUUGGCUGUGCGAAGGCGCUUUACAUCUCGGAUGCGGACAAGCGCAAGCAUUUCCGCCUGGUCCUGAAGCUCUUCUUCAGCAACGGGCAGGAGAUUGGCACCUUCCACAGCAAACUGAUCAAGGUCAUCUCCAAGCCUUCACAGAAGAAGCAGUCACUGAAGAACACAGACCUCUGCAUCUCCCCAGGCUCCAAAGUCUCCCUCUUCAACCGCCUGCGCUCCCAGACCGUCAGCACCCGCUACCUCUCUGUUGAGGGGGGAGCCUUCAUCGCCAGUGCCAGGCAAUGGGCAGCCUUCACCCUCCACCUGGCCAAUGAGCACUGCACCCGGAGCGAGUUCCCCCUGCGGGAAGGGUACAUCCGCUACGGCUCCGUGGUCCAGCUGGUCUGCACUGCCACUGGCAUCACCCUGCCACCCCUGAUCAUCCGGAAGGUGAUGAAGCAGUAUGCCAUGCUGGAUGUGGACGAGCCCAUCUCCCAGCUCCACAAAUGUGCCUUCCAGUUCCAGGGCAGCGACCGCAUGUACCUGUGUCUCUCCACAGAGAAAGUGAUCCAGUUCCAGGCAUCUCCCUGCCCAAAGGAAGCCAACCGGGAGCUGCUGAAUGAUGGCUCCUGCUGGACCAUCAUCGGCACUGAGACAGUAGAGUACACCUUCAGUGAGAGCCUGGCCUGCAUCCGUGAGCCCGUCAGCCCUGUGCCGCUCAUCACUGCCCUGCAGCUCACGGGUGGUGGGGACGUGGCCAUGCUGGAGGUGCAGGGGGAGUAUUUCCACGCACACCUCAAGGUCUGGUUUGGAGAUGUAGAAGCAGAGACGAUGUACAGGAGCCCCAAGUCUCUCAUGUGCGUUGUCCCUGAUGUCUCUGCCUUCGGCAGUGACUGGAGGUGGCUGCGAUACCCCAUCACGGUCCCACUCCUGCUGAUCAGGGACGAUGGCCUCAUCUACUCCAGCUCCUUCACCUUCACCUACACCCCAGAGCAGAGCUUCAUCCCAGGGCAGCAGGUCCUCUCGGAUGUCCCGCAGGACUCAGACAGAUUACUUGACAGCAUCCAUCAGGAGUUCACUAGGACCAACUUCCACCUCUUCAUGCAGAGCUAGCAAGCUGGGCAGGCAGAGGCUUGGCCUGGGAAGGGGAAGCAGCCUUGAGCCAUGCUGGGGUUCUCCAUCCAGGGCUCGGGGUGGCCCCACCAAGGGGUCCACCCCAUGCAUCAAACACCCACCAUGUUCCUGUGACUUGUUGACUUGUUUCUUCUUCAUGGCAGCAUCUCUACCCUGCGGAGAUCUCGCAUGAGAGCAUCAAUAAAUCAGGCUUGAAGGACUCU